AUGAGCGAAUCAAGUUUAGUUUCAUAUUCUGAUAGAGAAAUAGAGACUUCUUUAAAGGAUUUAUUGGAGAGAAUUUUAGUUUAGUUAGAAAAAUAUAUUGAAACCAAAAAUGAUCUAAAUGAGAUUGAAAAGGAAUUAAAAGAUUAUGACAAUUUACAAUAAUUAGUCAAUAUAAUUAAAGUUGUUUUCACUAAUCUUAUCUUAAAAAUAGAUAAAAAAGUUUAGUAAACAUUUCUAUCAUUUAAGAAAGUUAGAAUAAAAUGUAGAUCCAAAUGUAUCAUUAAAAAGUAAUAGAGGUGAAGAUGAAUAUGAAAAAUUAGAAUAAACAGUUAUUAAAUAUGAAGGAGAAAUCAGAAAUCAUAUAAGAGUAAAUAUAUAGUUUUAAUUCUUAAUAGUUAGAAUAACAAUUGAAAUUGUAUGCAGAAUCAAUAUAAAAUAAAUUGGAUGAAAGUGAAGCUACACGAAAUGAGCUCUUAGAAACAACCAAGAAAGUUAUGAAUGUAAAACAUGCUUCAAUAUUGUCGUUUAGAAUUUAAAGAAGGAAAACCAAAAAUUUUAUGAGGAAAACACAAAAUUAAUAGCUGAUAUCACUUUUUACAAACAAAAAAUUUAAUAAUAUGAAAAUGAAUAAAUCAAAAAGACUAAUGAAUAUGAUUAAGUAGAUUAUGAAAUUUAGUUUAACAAUAAGAAUAACUAAUAAAAUAAAGGACUUGUAUAGAGAAAGCCUAAUAGUAAAGAAGCAAAUAAAACUAGUUCCUAUUCAGAACAUAAAUUAAGUAGUUAACUUUAAGAAAGUACUGAUUAUCCAACAUUAUCCUAAGGUUCUUUGAAAUAAAAUUAUUUUCACAUUCUUUAAUAUGGAUAAAAUCAAUAGUAAUAAUAAUUGCAAUAAUAAAUUUAAUAAUAAUAAUAAGAAUAUUAAAAAUCAUUUCAUGGUAAACAUAAUUCAAUUAAUUCAAUAAAUGACACUGUUUAGCAAUUAAUUAUUAAAGAUAGAAAAGGAAACUUAUUGAGUUAUAAUGCUUCUAAGAAGAAUUCUUAACAUUCUUAAGUCCAACAAAAAACAAUUUAAUGUAACUAUUAAUAUAUUAUUUAAGAGACCUUAUAAACUUAGCCAAGAAGUAGAAGUGGAAGUGCACGUCGUAAUUUAAAUUAAAAGUAGAAAACAUCUACUUACUAAUGA